GUGUCUAGUCCUAUCCAGUGUGAUUCAACGGUUUGUAUGUGUUACGAGUUUGUUUCUUAAUUUUGAGACCUAUAUAUUAUAGGCUGAGAUACAACGGUUAAAAGAAAAACUAGCUAUCUCAGAAAGAGCAACCAAGGCAGAAGCACAACUAAAGGAUAAGUUGAAAUUAAGGCUGAAGACACUGGAAGAAGGCUUAAAGCAUGUGUCUACUUUCUCAGUGAAUUCUAAUGGAUCCCCGAAAAUUGAGAAGUCAAAUAAUUUAUUUGGAAUCCUAGCAAGUAAUACCAGAGCAAACAAAAGAUCUACAUCACAACAAAGAUCGUCCACCGCUAGUAAAAUCUCGAUGCAGACAGGGGAUGAAAGGCAAACUCCAGGCGCAGCCGGAGAAAUUAAGGCAGUUAAUAGUUUAAACAAGAGAUACUCUUCUGGGGGAAGUUUCUUGAAAAAGAGUUUGUGGGCUUCUCGAAAUAAGAUCGUGGAUUGCAACGAAAAGGAGAAUACAGAAAUAAACGAAAACACUAUGAUCAGUAUUGAAAAGUGUAGAAGUGAUGAACUCAGAGACUCGGAGAACGUUAAAAGUAUGGACAGUACUAAAAAGGAUAGUGAUGAUAUGGUCUCGGGAUUUUUGUACGACAGGCUUCAGAAAGAGGUCAUAUAUUUGAGAAAGUCCUGUGAAUCGAGAGACAGUACUUUAAAUGCUAAAAAUGAAGAAAUCAAGAUUCUUAUGAAGAAGAGUAAAACGAUGACACGAGCAUUAGAAGUACAGUCGAAGAAAAUAAAGAGAGCACCAAUAAGAGAGAAGGGUUCAGUUCUAAUAUAGGUGGAUGAAAGGAUAAGAAACAGAAGCUCAUCAAAAAGGAUCAUGGAUGCCUUUUAAAGAUCCAUUUGAAGAAAAGAGGUGAUAAUGAUCUGGAAGUCACUCCAUCCAUUAGACUUCUCAAUAUUUCUACAUAUUCAGAUGCAGAGAAUUUGACAGUUGUUAAAUAAACAGAAAUAAUGUCUCGAUAGUAUGUGAAAUUGAAGGCUACUAGGCUAGUUUUUAUGAAUUUUGGAAUGAUAUGUAUCCAAAUUAUCAUAUUUACGUUGAUAUUACUCGAUCCAAUGUAUACGAGUUCUACCAGUAAAUAAUUCAAUGAAAAUUGUUAAAUUUUCACCAAAU